AUGAAGCCGCACCGCAUCCGGAUGACCCACAGCCUGCUGAUGCACUACGGCCUGCACACCAAGCUCGAGAUCUUCAAGCCGUUUCCAGCGCGAGAUAAAGAUAUGUGCAGGUUCCACUCGGACGACUACGUGGAGUUCCUGAGAACAGUGACUCCUGAGAACCAGCACGAGCAGCUGCGGAUGCUCAAGCGCUUCAACGUGGGGGAGGACUGCCCCGUCUUCGACGGGCUCUACCAGUUCUGCCAAACCUACACCGGAGGCUCGGUGGGAGGUGCGGUGAAGCUGAACCACGGGCACUCAGACAUUGCAAUCAACUGGGCGGGCGGGCUGCAUCACGCCAAGAAAUGUGAAGCAUCAGGGUUCUGCUACGUGAACGACAUUGUGCUUGCUAUUCUGGAGCUACUUAAGUAUCAUGCGCGUGUGCUCUACAUCGAUAUUGACAUUCACCACGGCGACGGGGUCGAGGAGGCGUUUUACACAACGGACCGAGUGAUGACAGUGUCCUUCCACAAGUUUGGGGACUACUUCCCAGGCACAGGCGACCUAAGGGACACGGGGUACGGGAAAGGCAAGCACUACUCGCUCAAUGUGCCGCUGCACGAUGGGAUCGACGAUGACAGCUACCUCUCGCUCUUCAAGCCCCUCAUCUCCAAGGUCAUGGACGUUUUUCAGCCCGGCGCGGUGGUGUUACAGUGCGGAGCUGACUCGCUAUCAGGGGACCGCUUGGGGUGCUUUAACCUGUCGGUGCGGGGCCACUCGGAGUGUGUGCGCUUCCUUCGAUCCUUCAACGUGCCGCUGCUGCUGCUGGGCGGAGGGGGAUACACCAUCCGUAAUGUCGCCCGCUGCUGGUGCUACGAGGGGCACUCGGAGUGUGUGCGAUUCCUGCGCUCUUUCAAUGUGCCGCUGCUGCUGCUGGGCGGAGGGGGAUACACCAUCCGCAACGUCGCGCGCUGCUGGUGCUAUGAGACGGGAGUGGCGGUGGGGUUGGAGCUAGAGGAUCGAAUGCCGUUCAACGACUACUACGAGUAUUUCGGCCCGGAUUACACCCUGCAUAUCACGCCGAGCAACAUGGAGAACCAGAACUCGAGGGCCUAUCUAGACUCUGUGCGAACUCGGCUGCUGGAGAAUCUAUCAAAGCUGCAGCAUGCUCCCAGCGUCCCCUUCCACACCCGAGCUCCAGACACGCAACUACCUGACGAGCUCCAGACAUUCAAUACAUACAACUCCUUAAUAGCCUGCUGGAACAGUCUUCUGAGGCACUUCAAUGCUCCCGUUGCGUUUUGGGUUUGGAUGGAUGGGGAUGCGCCUGCAGUGUUAGAAGGACCAGCAGCAGCUGCUGUGAAGGAAGGGAAGAGCAGGUGUGAUGUCAUCUUUUCCUCCGCCUCUUCCCCUCCUGUUCACCAAUGCCAGGAGGAGGAGGAGCCUGGCACUCGCCCAGAGGACAGGGAAGCAGAUGGGGAUGCGAUGCGCCUGCAGUGCUGGAAGGACCAGCAGCAGCUGCUGUGA